GGAAGCUCCAUCCGUCGUCAUAACGAUGGUUUCGUGGCCUACGCACGUUCGGCUGAGGUUGGAGGACAUGAAAUCCGCGAUAGUUUUGGCGGGAAUCCCAACCAACUUCCCGAUCGGCGGUCCGAUGUCGUAUGUGCUGCAGAUUCUCUCCACGAAGUUGAAUUUCACGUACAAGCAGGUAGUUCCUCCUGAUGUCACUUUUGGAGUCCGGUUACCCAAUGGAUCUUGGAAUGGAAUGAUCCGCCAGGUGUUUGAAAAGGAGGUCGACAUGGCGCUGGGACCCUUCCAGGUCAUUGAGAGCCGAAACCAGGUCGUAGACUUCUCUACUCCGUUCUAUUUUGACACCCUGUCCUUCAUGGUAGCCAGAGGAAGCGACAAGAUCGACCCCUGGGGUUUUCUUAUGCCUUUCAACCCUAAUGUGUGGGGAGCGUUCUUCCUGUGCCUCCUGGCCAUUUGUCUGGCUCAUUUCGUGUUUGACCUCACCGAGAAUCCACCUACGAGACUAGUGCACAAGUUCGGGAGCCUUUUAUUCGACUAUAUUCGACCUCCAAUUAACCAAACUAUUCGCAAGAAAGUGAAAAAGAACUGGAAUCGACCUUUGUUGGGCUCGUGGGCAAUCUUGGCCCUGUUGCUGAAUUUCUGUUAUGUGGGAAACCUUCAGUCACUGAUGGCCCUGAGAUACAUCCCGCAUCCAAUUCAAACUGUCAGGGACGCCAUCGAAGCAACGAACAGGAAGUUGAUAAUUGAAUAUCAUACUUCUUACUCAGAUAUCUUAGGGAGGAUUCCUUCAGGAGACCUCAGGAAUCUCGACGACCAGGGAAAGGCCGGACGGUAUGUGAACCUCAAGAUGAAAGAUUUCAUGAGCUAUUAUUCUCUCGUUAGAGACAAAGGCCACAUCCAAAUAUUCGACGUCACAACCUCUCUCUUGUACUUUAACGAGUACUUCACUAAGACAGGUAGAUGUGAUUUCUACAUAGCUAAAGAGAAGUUCAUCCCGACGCAGCAUUCCAUGGUCAACCGGAAGAAUAGCCCACUCACACCAGCCAUCAAUGCCAGAAUUCACCGUAUAGUAGAAGCCGGUCUGUAUAAGUUCUGGGUCUUCAGGAACAGCUACAACAUAACGGCCUGUGCAAAUCCACCAAUGAAAGUCGUGAAAAUGGAUCCCAUUGGCAUUGGCAGCAUUUGGGGCCUUGCUGUGAUUUGGGCAGCCGGUAUGACCAUUGCUGCCAUCGCCUUCACUGGAGAGAUGGCAGUUGCUUGGCUGAACAGAGACAGCCUGUCGGAAGAUACGAAAUAGCUGCGCGGGAGACGACGUCGUGACACUCCCCUGAUUCCUCCUUGAUUUCAGACCCAGGAACGCCCUUCGAUGCCUUCUGAUAAUAAUUUUUGUAGAUGCUCUUUUUAUAACCAUUACUAGAUCCAUUUGCUUGCGAAAACUUAAGACAGAAAUAUCUGAAAGUAUUUAGAAUACAGAAGAGAUGUAGUAUCUCAGAUUUGUAAGAAUUUCAAAGGCAUUGUUUUGUUGUAAUGAACUUUUCAGGCUUCCUAGAGCCCUCUUGCAAAUGACAUUUUUGGACGAAAUUUGAAUUCGUUUAGUUCAGUAUUUUUGUGGAAUGUGGGAUGAGAGGCCCUGAAAAGGACAGGGGAUGUAUAUACAUAUGUGUAUGGUAAGGAAAAGGGACAUUAUUCAAUUUAAAAUUUAUGAUGCAUAUGAAAUUCGAGUAAGAUGAUUAUGCCUCUGAUGAUAAUGAAGAGAAGCCUCAAGCACUGUGAACGAGUAUGGCGGUGUUUGCAAUAAGAGGAAAUUUAAUGUCAUGCUAGCAAGAGCAAGAGCAAUGUUAUUGGGUAAAUGAAAACCAGGAAAAUGGAGCAAUGAAUGUCAGUAAGAAUGGUAGGCGAAUGAAAGUGGUGGAUUCAUAUAACCAUUUAGAAAGUAAAUGUAAAGAAUGACAAUGCAAUGACAGAAGUGGUGAGUCACAGAAUGCGUGAAGUGAGGAUGGAACCAUUGUAUACAAAGGUCUGAAUGAAAGGAAGAAUACCAGUAGUAGCAACAGUUGGGAUGUGAAUAAGAAUAACUGACAGCAUUUACUUAUGGAAUUCAAGUGUGGUGGUAUAGUAUGAAUUACUGUUUGUGAAACAUCCGCAGAGUAAGGAAGGUUGAAAGAGGAAGAAAGAUAAGACGAAGCCGUCUAAACAUUAUCAUAGCUAGAAAGGUGAAUCAGAAUUUCAUGAGAUGAUUUGGUCAUGUGGACAGAGAAGUUUCAGAAACUCAUCUUAUGCGUGUAAGACCAUAAAGGAAAAAACAGACGUGAAAACAGUUUAUGAAGAUGAUAAUGGUCUGGUCGCGUGGACAGAUUGAAUGACGAAAAAGCAUCAGAUGGAGGGAAAAAAUGAGUGGAACGGAAUAGCCUUUAUAACCCGGAUUGCAGCUUAGAGGUAGUACAUAUGUACAGGGAGGUAGGCAAAUAGGUAAGCGUGCUGUUGAUGGGCUAUUUAUAUAGUGGCAGAUAUUGUGGAAGUGUUAUGCCCUGGGGAUUCCGAGUCAAUUCAACAGCUAAAGAAUGGACGAUGCAGUGGCUGUUCGUCUUGUUUUCCCGUGGAUCCAUCCCAUUAGCGAAAAUGGUUUAUUAGUAACAAAAUUUGUCAGUAUGUUGAGGAGUCGGGAACCAGAUUUUUUAUUAUUAAUUAUUUUAUUGAAUAUAUAAGGGGAACUUCCCUCGUUUAAUAAAGUAUUUGAGAAGAAGAGGAAAAGCGAAUGGGGAAGAGUGAAGUAGUAAGAAAAAUAAUUGAAGUAGUACUGAAAUAAACAAGUAUUAGCAAUCAUAAACAAACAGAUAACUACACAAACACUCAACAAGAAAGAGGUCCAUGUUAAGUUCUUUCACAGUAAGAAUCUAUGUGAACAUACGACUAUUUUUGCUUCUAGCUACAUAUUUGUUUGUCCACCAUUUCUGUGUAAUUUAUGUCGGAUAAGUUGAUCUCAAUAUAAUGACAGCAUG